AUGAGCAAUCGUAAACCCCCGCAAAAGACUAUGAGUUCUCUUACUUCAAAAGGAAGUGGCCAUAAAAUCGUCAUUGGAAUUGAUUAUGGAGUCAGUUAUAUAACCACAGAUAAAGCUGGCCUAGAGAAUAUUAUCAUUAUGUCUCCAUGGCCUGGAGAUCCUCAUGUAUCCUGGAAGACUCCAACAAGAAUUGCGUAUAACAAUGAGAAUCCAAAGAUCAAAAACAACAAGUGGGGAUUUGAGGUUACCCCGAAGAUGAAGUCUUACUCAUGGACUAAACUUUUACUUGAUAAGAACGCUGCUGUUAUGGAGCAUGACGACCCAUCCCUUGCUAGUAUGACAGGCAGUGGCAUGCUGCAGUUACCUCCAUUCCGAGAUGCAGCAGGCGUCUGUGAAGACUAUUUGCAUGAAGUAUACAAGCAUGUAUCAGGUAUAUUGCGGGAACAAAUGACCGAUCUGACUUUUGAAAAUACUCCGAUGGAAUGUUGGGUAACAUUGCCUGCUGUGUGGUCAGAAGAGGCUAAAGAUGUUACCUUGAAAGCAGCAAAAAACGCUGGUUUUGGGAAGAGACCAGGAGACGAAAUCUACACCAUUGCCGAGCCUGAAGCUGCAGCAAUCGCAACGUUGAAGGAAUACGCCAAAUCAGAUUCAUUCAAUCCAAUUUCAUGUACUGAGAAUAUACUUAUAUGUGACUGUGGUGGAGGAACUGUUGACAUUACUACGUACACGAUCAUCCAGGUGCAGCCAUACCUUAUCUUCGACGAACUAUGUGUUGGCAUCGGUGGAAAAUGUGGUUCAACAAACAUCGAUCGAAAUCUACACCUUAUGCUCUCCAAACGCUUUGGUUCAGCAUUCGAUGAUCUGCCAUUUGGUCAAAAAGGUCCAGGUAGUAGAUUUAUGACGGCCUUCGAAGCAUUAAAGCGGGAUUUUGGACGUAACGAUGAGAGGGAAGUGGGAGAGCUGGGCCCUCUGAAUCUUGAUGUUCAGGAUUCUGAUCAUUACGACACGGAAGAUCGACUUGUUCUGCUCACCUCCAGUGAAGAUAUGGAGGACUUAUUUGAUCCCGUUAUUGCAGAAAUUACAAGCUUAGUGGGAAAGCAAGUGGCCGCAGCAAAUAAAAUAAAAAAUGCUAGAAUCAACCGUGUUAUACUGGUCGGAGGCUUUGGUGAAUCGCCACACCUCAAUAAACAGUUGAAAAAGUGGUGCAGACAAAAUGGCAACAUAACUUUGAUGCGCCCUUUGCAUCCACAAUCAGCUGUUGUGCGUGGCGCUGCCUUGCGUGGGUUAGAAGGAAUUGCGCCUCGGAGCAAGCGAUUACGUCGUCAUUAUGGUAUCUCGUUGCAAAUGCCUUUUAGAAAAGGUAUAGACCCUGAAAAAGAUUCAUGCAUUAAUUCGUGGGGUGACGAGAAGAUGUGCACUCACCGAAUGAAAUGGUUGAUAUUGAAGGGCAGUGAAAUAACAAAGGAUACCUCUAGAACCAUUGAUCUCGUCCGCGAGUAUACACCUGGGGUGGAUUUGAUCUUCACUAGCACCUUGUAUGCUUGUGUAGCAGAAGAUCUCCCCGAAUAUGAAAAUGAUUCUCGAAUCGAGGCAGUUGGUCUUAUCUGUUCAACUAUAGGUAAGGAUGUUGAUUUCAGUCGAUUUGGCAAGAAAAUGUACAAUGCCAGACUCCAUCAAUGGGUAUAUCAGGUUUCAUUUCAAGAACAGAUCAUCUUCGGUGGCAAGGGAGAUAAUCUCACAUUCAGAUGUCUUGUGGGAAAUAAAGAAGUCGGAAAGUCAGUCAUGAAAUUCGAUCGUUGA